AUGGUAGAAGGCACAGAGCUCGUCGAUUCGAUCGUGUGUUCCUACAGUGUUGCACGUAACUUUUCACCGCCGGAAGAUGAAGCAGUAUCAAAUCUACAGAUCACGUCUCUGGAUUUUCACCGCAAUGGUGAACGUUGUGUCACAAGCCGCACCGACGGAGUCAUGUCCAUGAUUAAUUGUCUAAGUGGCACAGUCGCCAAGACGAUUUUGACUAAACGAUAUGGUGUCGGUAUUGUCCGGUUUACACACCACUUAGAUUGCGUGAUCUUCUCCUCAGCUAAUAGUUCGAAUGAUCAUCGCAUACGAUAUCAUUCGUUCUUUGACAACAAGUUUCUUCGCUACUAUACUGGUCACACGGAAACAGUCACGUCACUCAUGAUGCACCCCACUGCGGAUCAGUUCAUCUCUGCUGGAUUGGACGGCACGAUUCGUUUAUGGGAUAUUCGCAAUUCGGAUACUAUGGCUAUUGUUCGAACUGACCACUUGCCAGUCUCGCACGUUUGCGCUGCCUAUGAUCAAGAGGGUGUGGUAUUCGGUGUCUACACGGACGACCACUUGAUCCGCAUGUAUGAUGCAAGAAAUUAUCAGGAAGGGCCAUUUGCCAAGUUUUCUCUCUACGAUGCAUCAGUUCUUGCGGUUGUGGAGCCAUACCUUGCCCAAAUACAGGCUCUAAACCUGAACACAAAAAAGCUUCAUGCACUCGACCUCAAAUUCAGUCCUGAUGGGAAUCAGUUGCUUGUUACGACGAAUCGCGGCGUGUUUAUUCACCUAGAUGCAUUUGAGGGCCGACUGUUGCAUCUUUUCAAGGAGCAUGGGACCACCCAGCGUCAACACAAUGAUCCUCAGCUUGGCUGUUGCUACUCCGCAGAUGGUGCAUAUGUAAUUACGGGAUCGGAGGAUGGUCGCGUGUAUUUCUAUAAGAGCUCCAGUGGACAAUUCGUCCAUACGCUUCCUCAAGGACACAAUGGUCCGGUUGUGGACUUGCAGUGGAACCCAAAGCGUCAUCUUCUAGCUAGUGCUGGGAGCAACUCGACGGUUUUGUGGUCACCUACAGGGAUAUGA